AUGGACUCGUCGGCGAACCCUCUCGAUGACUUCCACACAUAUUCAAGCGGGAAUUACGGAUCCUCGGGUAAUGGUGUCAAUAGGAAUUAUAGACUGCAUGUGGCCACUCAGGAGAAGAUCAUUCCAAAGUUCCUGGCAGUGUUUCAAAAACUAAAAAACAGUUCCUAUGAGUCCGGAAGUCUCGAGGAGAAAGUUUUCCGAUUCUACAAUUUGUGUGAAAAAGAUGCGAGAAUUUCCAUCACGGAUGUGCAGCCGGAUGUAAAUCUCUCAUGGCCAUUUAACACGACUGAAGGUAGUCAGUGGCCCAAGGAGCAGUUCCAGUGGCUCAGGACUCUCGCCCAUUUGCGACGCUACGGUAUGAAAAACGCCAUUUUCCGGAUGAAUCUCAAAUGGGAUGCGGAAAAUUCCCUCUACCGUGUGGUAAUCAAGAAGCCAAAGUUUGCCACACAUAGUGACUAUGUAGAUCUCGAAAAAGAAGAUUUGAUUAAGAUUGGAUACAGGGACACUCGAGCGGAAUCCUUGGAGCACGAUAUAGAGAGUCUUCAGAAGGAUAUUAGAGACUUGGUUAUAGAAGCAGAGGCUACUAUUCCCCAGACUUUGAGCCUAAUAGAACUGGAAAGUAAACUUGGAGUCCUACUUAGUUCGUACUUCGAGAUUGUUUUUGGUCAUCCCUUGCCUCUCAGCUUCCAGGUGGAGGUUGAUGACAUGGACUAUCUAAUCAAGAUAGUUAAGCUUAUAAAUAGGAAAGACCCGGAGGUGGUGGCCACUUAUCUACUGGACCGAUUUGUUAUGUUUAUAAAGUCAUCGUCUCGAUUGGAGGGUCUUUGGAAUCCAAAAGGCAUUUGCAUUCAAAUUUUGAGGACCUCCAUGGAGUUCGCCAGCAAUCUUCUUUUUGAAGAGAAUAUUCUGGGCGCGCAGAAACUAAAGGUGUUCCAGACUGAAAUGGAUCGUUUAUUCGCAGCCGUUCAAAAACAGUUUAAUUUUCGGUUGGACAGGAGCUCUUCCAAUCUUUCCUUCACAUCGUCCUUGCGGAAGAAGCUAAGCUUUAUCACCAUAAAUAUUGGAAACAUGCCCAAGGACCAGGAUCAUCGACGCUUUGCCACCGAAUAUUACUCAGAUCUACACUUUAAUAAUGACACCGAAUUCGCAACGAUUCAUUUGAAGGCCCUCGAGCUGCGGGAACGUAAUUUGCUUAUGAGAUUGAACAAGCCCACAUUGGCGUAUCCUUACCCUGAAGAUCCUGAAAGGCUCUUUGAGGUAGGAAGUGUGGAAAAUGGAAAUGUUAUCAUCGUUCCCUACAAUAUUUUAGUGGAACCCUUCUUUAUGAUUCAUUCCGAUGAUGUUUUUAAGAUGAGCACGCAGGGCUAUUUACUGGCAAGUCUGGUGGAAAAGGCUUUGUUUCCCGAGGAAGUUCGAGCACAUAAUUGUCAGAAGUAUGACCAAUUCCUGGCCAUAUUCGAUGACCAGAAGCUGUUGAAAAACCGAUCGUCUUGCAACUACGAUGAUUACUUCAAAAUAUCGAAAGAAUUGGUUUUACUGAAUCUAGUCUAUGAAGCUUUCUUCUCGGAGGGAUCAGGAUUCAGUCACUCGCAACCCACUUUUACCAAUAUGUCCUUGGAGCAGCUAUUCUUCCUAAGCUUUUCCCAAAAUAUAUUUGGCAACGACGAUUGGUGGAAACAUGAUUCGAUUAUUUAUAAUCCAUUACUUCAGCUGACCAGCUUUACCAGAGCCUUUAAUAGUUCUAAAUUGGCUUAA